CUGCGGCGGCUGGCGCUUGACGCCUUUUAUAACGUUGCGUUUAGAUAUUUACUCCCCCCCCACCAUUGAUAACAAGAAGCUAGCAACAUAACCACAGAAUACACGAGGAAGAAGAAGAAGUCAUAGUGCUGGUUGUUCCAUCGGUUGAGCCCCCGCUAAAAACCUCACCAAACCUUUGAUAAAAUUGAUGCACCUCCGUCUCUUCAAUCCGCGAUGACUCUCGUACCCAGUCGUCAACUUUACCCGACGAACUUGUUCGACUCGUUCCAGAGCUCCUUGUCGAAAUUCAAUGGCCCCCGCACCCAGUUCUUUAGGUACGGCCACGGUUCCUCAAUUCCUUUCAACAGGCACACUUUCUAUGCCACCCACUCCAUUAUCAGCUCUCCUGACCAAAACCCAGUAAGGAAAUCGAAUUUUGUUGGGAGAAAUCGAUCCAUUUAUCAGUAUAAACCGAAGAGGAAUUUGUGUACGAGUAGUUGGAUUGAUAAAUGGAAUGAAUCCCACGAGCGUAAUCGCCUGAAACCGCCUCGGGCUGUGUUGGAUUAUCAAAGUAGUGAAAGUGGGAAUUUGAGUGGUUCGGGAAAUGGCGGUGGUAGUACAAUGGAGAAGAUUGUGGAGAAAUUGAAGGAAUUCGAGUACGUUGACGAUAGUAAUGAGGGUAAAGGGGAGGCGAGGGAGAGAGCGAUUGAGAAGGGUUCUGUGGAGGAUAUAUUUUAUGUUGAGGAAGGAAUGCUGCCAAAUCCGCGAGGUGGGUUCUCGGCGGAAUCACCAUUAGGGAUAGAGAAUGUGUUUGGAAGUGAUGGUAAGGUGAGGUUUCCGUGGGAAAAGCCGGCAGAGGAAGAGAAGCAAGAGGAGGGUUCGGUGAGGAGGAAGAGUAGGACUUCAGUGGCGGAAUUGACUCUUCCGGAAUCAGAGUUGAGGAGGCUGAGGAAUUUGACAUUUCAGAAGAAGCACAAGACUAAGAUUGGAGGUGCGGGUGUUACUCAAGCCGUAGUGGACAUGAUCCACGAGAGAUGGAAGACUUCAGAGAUUGUGAGGCUGGAAGUUGAAGGUCCACCUGCUCUUAACAUGAAGAGAAUGCAUGAGUCUUCCCUGGAGAAGAAAGACGCAGACCAAUUGCCAGAAGUGAAGUAUGAAGAUGAAGUAGACAAACUUUUAGAUAGUUUAGGUUCUAGAUUCAAAGAUUGGCCCUUAUGUGAUCCAUUACCUGUAGAUGCAGAUAUGCUUCCAGGGUUAGUUCCUGGUUAUGAACCACCCUUCAGAGUACUUCCGUAUGGUGUCCGAUCUUCCCUUGGUUUACAGGAGGCAACAUCUUUGAGAAGGCUGGCUAGGGUUCUUCCACCACAUUUUGCUUUAGGUCGAAGCAGACAGCUCCAGGGUCUAGCAGUGGCCAUGGCUAAAUUAUGGGAACGAAGUUUGAUAGCAAAGAUUGCACUGAAACGUGGUGUUCAGCUGACUACUAGUGAGCGAAUGGCUGAAGACAUCAAGAGAUUGACUGGGGGUGUGCUGCUAUCUCGAAACAAGGUCUUCUAUAGGGGGAAGAAUUUUUUGUCUCCAGAAGUCACUGAAGCGUUACUGGAAAGGGAGAGAUUGGCGAAAUCCCUUCAAGAUGAAGAGGAGUAGUCAAGGUUGAGAGCGUCGGCUAUGGUUAUACCAUCGUUUGAACAAGCUCAACACUUUGGUACAGCUGGUACACUUGCAGAGACUUUGGAUGCAGAUGCUAAGUGGGGAAAGAUGAUGGAUAAUCAUCAUAAGAAAAAAGUGAUGCAAGAAGCAGACAUAUUAAGGCACGCCAAUCUUGUCAGAAAGCUUGAACGAAAGCUUGCCUUUGUUGAAAGAAAGUUAAUGAAAGCUGAACAAGCCUUAUCUAAGGUAGAGGAGUGUUUGAAACCAUCUAUGCUACAAGCUGACCCAGACAGCAUUACUGAUGAAGAGAGGUUUAUGUUUCGUAAGCUUGGUUUACGGAUGAAGGCUUUCUUACUUCUUGGUAGACGUGGAGUGUUUGAUUGUACAUUGGAGAAUAUGCAUUUGCACUGGAAAUAUCGGGAAUUGAUCAAGAUAAUGGUGAAUGCUAAAGGUUUUGAGCAGGUGAAAAAAAUUGCAUUAGCACUUGAAGCUGAGAGCGGUGGUGUCUUGGUUUCAGUGGACAAAGUUUCCAAAAAGUUUGCUAUAAUUGUGUACCGGGGAAAGGACUAUCACCGACCUUCUACAUUGAGGCCAAAGAAUCUCUUGACAAAAAGGAAAGUGUCGGCACGCUCUAUUGAGAUCCAACGACAGGAGGCUCUUCUAAAACAUAUUUCAGUGGUGCAGAGUAAAGUGGACACACUUCGAUCCGAAAUAGAACAAAUGGAUGCUGUGAAAGAGCGUGGAGAUGAAGUAUUGUACAACAAAUUAGAUUCUUCUUAUCCUACUGAUGAUGACGAUGAUUCUGAGGAAGAAGAUGUUUAUCUUGAAACGUACAGCGCAGAAGAUAAUGGUGAAGAUGAAGGCAAUUACUCAACUCAUGAUCCUCACCUGGAAACGAAUUUUCCUUAUCAUAUCCAGAAUCAGGCUUCUCAAACAGAAUUGGAAGUUCCUCAACAAUAUGUGCAUGCAAGGCCCAAGGGCUCACUAGACGAUGAUUACCAAGAUGAAGAAGAUAACUCCCUACAAUGAUGGAAUCAGCUGAACAUAGAUCAAUGGUACAACAGCAUUCAGAAAUAGUCACGAUGGUUUCUCGUCACAUGUACAGAUAAUUUGGGCAGGCCGACAUCUAUGGGAUGGAAUGUAGUGAUCAGCAACCACAGAGGACUUGGUGGAGUCCCAAUUACUUCAGACUUUAUUUACAAUUGUGGAUGGACCAACGAUAUUCGCGGUCUGUAAUCACCUCCACCAUAGGCAUCCCAAGGCUCCAUUAUUUCUCAUUGGAACGAGCAUAGGUAAGAUUACAAUGUUUCCAUUAUUUUCUUGUUGGGAAGAUUUUCUCUUGCUAGACUGUUUAACUGUUAAUUUGGACCACAUAUUAGUUUGACUAUUUAGUUGAGAUCUAUAGUCUGGGAAGAGAACAUUACUCUUUUUGGUAGUACAUCUCAAUAAAAAUUUCCAAUUUAAUUUCUCUUGAUAUGGAUACUUUCAUA